CUGUGCAUGUACUGCAUGCACUGAACAACUUCACUGAGCUGAGCUGACUAGUGGUGUAAACUUCAUCCGCAAAAUGGAUCGGAAACUUGUAUUUUCUCACUUUAUUUUGGCGUUUGCCAUUGCGAACGUUAUGGCAGCUGAUAAGUACGAUCGCAAAUCGAAUCGUGUAGACAGGCCAGAUCUAGAUAAGAUGGACAAGUCUUCAAUGAUGGGGAGAGAAUUUAAGUCUCGACAAGUCAUUCAAGUUUGGCAGAAGGCUGAUCGUAUGAAUCUUGCUCAAACCAAGAUGAAGGAUCUGCACAGGGAGCUGCUCCGCGUUGAUGGCAUGUACCACAAGAUGAAGAAGGAAUCGACCGCAAAGCAGCCCGACAACAGAAUCAAAAGUGAAAAAGAAACAGAAAUGACCAUCCAGAGACAGAUUGGAGAAAUCAUGAGAAAGUAUGGUAUGGCUGGUGGAGCAGACCGUGAUCCGAAGAUGAAGUUCGACGGCAUGCACAUGCCUUUCGAAGACCGCAAGGUUGCCCAACUUUGGCACAAGGCACAGAAAAGUAACCAGUUUACCAAGCAAGAACUUGAGGAGCUGAAGGAAGAACUGUCAAAACAUGAAGAAAAACAAAAGGACUUUGACCAAUUAAUGGCGGAGGUUCAUGGAGAAGAUGGCACUAAGUCCAACAACGCCGACCGCUUCGAGGGCAAGAAGCCCGAGGAGAUCCGCCAGCUCCGCAUCAAGGAGAUGGAGCUGAAGGUGCAGCACCGGGAGAUCGCCAAGGAGUUUGAGAAGAUCUCGGUGAAAACGAUGCCCAAGGAGGAGAGGGGUCCAUUCACAGACAGGCGUGUCAUCAGCCUUUGGCAGGAGGCCAAGAAGCAGGAUUACUCCAUGGAUGAUCUGGAGGCAAUCAUGAUGGAGUUGAAAGAAUUUGAGGAGAAGAUAGAGGAGCACGAUAAAGCCCACAAAGCGUCGCUGAAUGCCGAGAUCAAACACAGGUCAGGCUUCAAGAGCCCUGUCGAUAAGAUGAAGACCAAUGAGCAAAAGAGCAUGUAUGACAAAGCCAAGGAAAUGGGUAUUGGGAUCCACCAUACCAUGAAAGAGCUUCGUCACAGGAUCUCUCAAGGAGGGAAAUGGAACGAAGAACUCUAAUCUUAACUGAGAUUAUAUGCCUCGACUCAAGCAAGGAUCUUCACCAAAGUGUAUUUUUUCUUGAGAACCUCAAUGUCUUUCAUAAGGAACAU